GUACAGGGGCUCCGUGAAGGAGUUCCCGAACUUCACCGCGAGCCAGGAUGCAGAGGCGCUGUACAAUGCUAUGAAGGGGUUCGGCAGUGACAAGGAGGCCAUACUGGACCUGAUAACAUCCAGGAACAACAAGCAGAGAAUCGAGAUCAGCCAGGCCUACAAAUCGCUCUACGGAAAGGACCUGAUUGCAGACCUGAAGCGGGAGCUGGCGGGGAAAUUUGAGAGGCUGAUUGUGGGUCUGAUGCGGCCCCUGGCAUACUUUGAUGCCAAGGAGAUUAAAGACGCCCUUCAGGGCAUUGGCACCGACGAGAAAUGCCUGAUUGAGAUCCUGGCAUCCCGGACCAACCAGCAGAUACACAACCUGGUGGAAGCCUACAGAGACGCCUACGAGAGGGAGCUGGAAGCGGACGUCCUGGGAGACACCUCGGGCCACUUCAAGAAGAUGCUCGUUGUUUUGCUUCAGGGCACGCGGGAGGAGGACGAUGUCGUGAGCGAGGACCUGGUGGAGCAGGAUGCCAAGGAUCUUUUGGAAGCUGGCAACCUGAAGUGGGGCACAGACGAGGCCCAGUUCAUCUACAUCCUGGGAAACCGAAGCAAACAGCAUCUCCGCCUGGUCUUUGACGAGUAUCUGAAGAUUUCCGGGAAGCCCAUCGAGGACAGCAUCCGGGGCGAGCUGUCCGGGGACAUUGAGAAGCUGCUGCUGGCAGUGGUGAAGUGCAUCCGGAGCACCCCAGAGUAUUUUGCUGAAAGGCUCUACAAGGCCAUGAAGGGGCUGGAGACCAAGGACAACACGCUGAUCCGCGUCAUGGUCUCCCGCAGCGAGAUCGACAUGCUGGAUAUCCGGGAAGUGUUCAGGACCAAGUAUGAGAAGUCCCUGCACAGCAUGAUUAAGGACGACACGUCUGGCGAGUACAAGAAGGCCCUGCUGAAGCUGUGUGGGGGAGAUGAUGACGCCGCAGGUGAGUUCUUCCCUGAAGCUGCGCAGGUGGCCUAUCGGAUGUGGGAGCUUAGUGCAGUCGCUAAAGUAGAGCUGAGAGGAACCGUGCGCCCAGCUGCAGACUUUAAUGCUGAUGGUGACGCAAAGGUGCUGAGGAAGGCAAUGAAGGGACUUGGCACUGACGAAGGCGCCAUCAUUGAUGUGGUCACACAGAGGAGCAACGCUCAGAGACAGGAGAUCUUGAGAACCUACAAGUCUCACUUUGGCAGGGAUCUGAUGGCCGAUCUGAAAUCAGAGCUGUCGGGAAGCUUGGCCAAGCUGAUCCUUGGACUGAUGAUGACACCGGCACAGUUUGAUGCCAAGCAGCUGAAGAAAGCCAUGGAGGGGGCUGGCACCGAUGAGAACAUUCUCAUUGAAAUUUUGGCCACUCGGAACAAUCGGGAGAUCCAGGCGAUUAACGAGGCGUAUAAAGCAGCCUAUCGCAAAUCUCUGGAGGAUGCGCUGAGCUCUGACACAUCAGGACACUUCAAAAGGAUUCUUGUCUCCCUGGCUCUGGGCAACCGUGACGAAGGAGGAGAAGACCUCACACGAGCUCAUGAAGAUGCCAAGGUGGUUGCGGAGAGCCUGAAACUAUCUGAUGUUUCCAGCGGCGACUCCACAUCCCUAGAAACCCGUUUCUUGAGCAUUUUGUGCACCCGGAGUUACCCCCAUCUCCGCAGAGUGUUCCAAGAGUUCAUUAAAAUGACUAACCAUGACGUGGCGCACACCGUCCGGAAGCACAUGUCUGGAGACGUGAGGGAUGCCUUCGUGGCCAUCGUUCGGAGCGUCAAGGACAAGCCGGCUUUCUUUGCUGACAAACUCUACGACUCCAUGAAGGGCAUCGGCACCGAUGACAGAACCCUCACCAGGAUCAUGGUCUCCAGGAGCGAGAUCGAUCUGCUGAACAUCAGGCGUGUGUUCAAGGAGAUGCACGAGAAGUCGCUCCACCACAUGAUUGAGAAGGACACCUCCGGCGAUUACUGCAAAGCUCUGCUGGCCAUUUGCGGAGGGGACGACUAAGCUGCCCCGGGAGCCCUGUGAAAGCCCGUCCCUGUGUCUGAGCCAUCACGUGCACACAGCCUAGAUGUCACUGUCGCUUUUAGGGGGCUUCGGAGGACGUUCAGUUCCACUUGGAAGAAGAUUCACCUUGUGCUAGAAAAACGUACCACAGAAGAGUGUAACAUUGCAAGCAGUGCAGACCACCCGGGUGGUCUCGGGGUGGGGAUUUUAUGGGAGGGAGUGGGGGCGGGAUUAUUGCCUGAAUUGGUGCAAGAUGACUCGUGUCCAAACGUGUCACUAACCCAGGAAGUUACUGUGAUAUAAGAAACGUUUUAAACCACAGAAAUAAAACCUUCAUGUUGCU